UCACAAUUACGAGUGGGCAAAGUACCUGCAAAAACAGAGAGCGGGCAAAGUUACCGUUGAACAGAGCAGCUCCGAUUCCCAAGCCAAACGAAGCAAAAUGGUUUUCCCUGGCCUUCCCUUUCUCAAUCGAAAAUGAGUUCAAAAAAUCAUCCCAAAACACCAGAAAUGCAGGUUGCUCCAACCCCUGCCGUUCCCUCCCCACACCCAACAACUCCACCCCCACGGCCGCCGGAGCCGGAGCUUCCUCCGCCCUCACUCUCUCCUCCUCCUUCGGCUAAACACACCUACGCUAGGGCCCAGCUGCUGCACCUGAAAGAAAAGCUCCCACCCUCCACAUCCCACCACAUCAUCAGAGCAGCAGCCAAACAACCCUUCUUCUUCUUCAACCCGGGUUUGCUCAACAGACAACACAUCCCUCUUAAAAAAAGCGGCGUCUCCAAUGGGGAUGUCACCUAUGAUACUACUGCAGACGGAAUCCCCCGCGUGACUUUUUCCCAGAAACGCCUCGAGGAAAUCCGUGAGCCAUGGAUGGAGAGCGCGCUGAUACUCAACUUACUGGGAAAGAGCAUGGGGUGGAGAGCGUUCUGUAGUAAAGAUGGGGAACUAUGGGCAUUUGAGAAAGAUUACAAGGUCAUUGACGUGGGGCCUAGGUUUUUUGUAAUUAGGUUUGAAGGCAAGGAGGACUACAUGAAGGUUUUUUGUGGCGGGCCCUGGGCGGUUACGGGGCAUUACCUCGGGGUGAGGAAAUGGAAGCCUGAUUUCAGGGCUCCGGAAGCCCAGGAAGUCGCGACUGCCAGGGUGUGGGUCCGGCUUUCCGGGCUUCCGAUUGAAUACUGCGAUGAGGAAGCCCUUGACAUUAUAGCCAAGAAGUUUGGUAAACCUAUCAGGAUUGAUAUCACUAUUGAUGUGGAGACGUGUGCCAGGUCUGCCCGUGUUUGCGUUGAGAUCAAGCUGGGAAAGCCACUUUGCCAUGGGUUCCGACUAGAACGGGGCGGGGACGAGUAUAGGGUGGCAUACGAGUCGACUCAUUUGUUUUGUUUCAAUUGUGGGAGAGUGAAUCACCUGAAGGACAACUGCAGAUCAGACUCGACAGUUAAGGGCAACCCAAUUCUUUAUGAGACCUAAGGCGACAAUGUGUGCCUGUUUUGUUGCGGUUUAGUGCUUCUGCGGUGGUGUUUGGACGAUAAGGGUACUUUUUGUUGGUAACAUCUAGGCUUAGGUCAAGAAUUAUGCUACUUUUUGGUUGUCCCAGAGUAGGGUGUUUUUUUGGGUCUUUUCUAUGGAUGCUCAUGUAGGUUAAUUUGUCAUGGGGUAGUGCCCUUUUGAAAGCUUUUAUGGGUGGUUCAUAGAUCAUUGAGCAAUGAACCUUUUUCUAACAAACCUUUUAUGGCACUACUAGUAGGUUGUGUUAUGUGUUGGUUUAAGACUAAUUGCUGGUGUUAUGGGCUGUUUUGACUCCCGAAAUGGCAUGGUGAAUGCUGCUUUUGUGUAUGAAGGGGAUGUCACAACUUUGCCUCAGCUUCUAUAUAUUAAAAUGUGAUAUUCACGUGUA